AUGGACCCCUCUUGGGGUGGCUCCAAGGUCAUUCAAUUCAACUAUGACCCCAUCAGAACUUUGUCAUGGCCUAUUCAAUCUGGUCGAGUUUCCUUCUUCUGGAAAGGGGUCUUAACUUGUCUGCCAGCCCUCAGAAACUGCAUCUCUCAUGAAGUCAGCUCCGGCAAGGAUACACUAUUUUGGAAGGACGGAUGGCUCAAUGGAAUUGCACCAAUGAACUUGUGGCCGGAGGAGUUCUAUACCUGUCGUCGCCCAAAUGGCACGAUUCACGAACUUGGCCAUCUUUUAGAUGAGGUCCCAUGUAUUGAUAAUGAUUUGAUUGACCAAGUUCGUGCAAAGGUGAGAAGACCUGACAAUCUAUUGGGGGAUAAGAAGAAGUGGAGACUUACGGGGAACGAGAUUUUCUCGGUGAAGACCUUCUACAAUUUUUUAAUCGAUGGUGGUCUCAGAUGCCCGGUUUCGCGUUUCUUUUGGCGUGGAGGAUGGCCGAAGAAGAUCAAUCUAUUCAAUUGGCUUGCGUGGAAAAACAAAAUCCUAUCUUUGGAGAACUUAACGGUUAGGAGAUGCAACAGGCUUCCCACCGACACCUGCGUCUUGUGCCACGCAGGAUCAGAGUCGUGCGACCACUUGUUCAUAGAUUGCUCUUAUACUAAACAGGUCUGGGAACAUUUCAUCAGACUCUUGCAUUUUCCUUCAGCUCCGACGUCGCUCAAGGAUCUGUGGGGCCAUUGGAGGACGGGUUUAGCUAACAAGAAAAGGAUCUUUGGGGAUUUAGUGGCAAAAGCCAUUGUCUGGAAUAUUUGUCUUGCUAGGAAUGAUUGCAUAUUCAAUGACAAUGUUUUGCAUAUAAACAGUCUCAUUUUGAAAAUUGCUCGUAUGAUCAUGUCUUGGUGCUCUUCUGUCUCAGAGGGACUUAGAGAGAAGAUGGAGGCGACAUGA